AAACAACUGAAAAUUCUUCCUUGUUUUGCAGAGACGAUGAAGAAGAACCCAACACACAUAAUAAUAAUAAGGGCUUUACUUUUUCGCUCCCAUUUCUUUCUUUUUUGGGGAAAGUCAGGAUUCAAGGACUUUCACCUUUGCUUCUGAAUAUGUAAGCUUGGACACUUCCUGUUGGUUCACGAAAAAUGAAGCCAUCAAAUAACAUAUGGAUUCCGCGCCAACAGUGCCCAUGUGGAGAUUGGAAGUGUUAUAUUAAGUAUGAAGGAGAUGAUCCGACCUCAGUAAGCUCUCUGCAUGUAAAGAGUGAGAUAACUUCAUCCUCGUCCUCAUCAGAAGCUGUCUUCACCCCUUAUGUUGGUCAAAUUUUCAAAACUGAUGAUGAUGCUUUUGAAUACUACAGCAAUUUUGCACGGAAGAAUGGAUUUUCUAUUAGAAAGGCACGCUCAACAGAAAGCCAAAACUUGGGGAUAUAUAGACGAGAUUUUGUUUGUUAUCGGUCAGGAUUUAAUCAACCAAGAAAAAAGGCCAAUGUGGAGCAUCCCAGGGAGAGAAAAUCAGUACGAUGUGGAUGUGAUGCCAAGUUGUAUUUGACAAAGGAAAUUGUUGAUGGCAUUAGUCAAUGGUAUGUUUCACAGUUUAGUAACGUGCAUAAUCAUGAGUUGUUGGAAGAUGACCAAGUGCGCCUACUUCCUGCAUAUCGUAAAAUACAAGAGGCAGAUCAAGAACGGAUUCUCUUACUUUCCAAAGCUGGCUUUCCUGUAAACCGCAUAGUGAAAGUGUUGGAGCUAGAGAAGGGAGUUCAACCUGGACACUUGCCCUUCAUAGAGAAAGAUAUCAGGAAUUUUAUUCGAACUUGUAAGAAAACUGUUCAAGACAAUGAUGCUUUGCUCAAUGAGAAAAGAGAGAAUGAUAUGCUAGAACUUCUUGAGGCCUGCAAGGCUAUGACAGAGAGAGAUCCAGGUUUUGUUUAUGAUUAUACCAUAGAUGAAAAUGAAAAGGUUGAAAACAUUGCAUGGUCAUAUGGUCACUCCGUUCGUGCAUAUACUGUUUUUGGUGAUGUAGUUGCUUUUGACACUACCUACCGUUCUAUCACAUAUGGAUUGCUCCUUGGAGUGUGGUUUGGCAUUGAUAAUCAUGGCAGGGCAACUUUUUUAGGCUGUGUGCUGCUACAUGAUGAAAGUUCGCAUUCAUUUGCUUGGGCUCUGCAGGCUUUUAUGCGAUUUAUGAGAGGAAGAUAUCCGCAGACUAUUCUAACCGAUAUAGACUCGGGGCUUAGAGAUGCUAUAGCAAGGGAGUUGCCCAGUACUAAACAUGUUAUAUGUAUAUGGCAUAUUCUAUCCAAAAUUUCCAGUUGGUUCUCUUUGCCUCUUGGACCGCAGUAUGAAAAUUUUAAAGCUGAGUUUGAUGUGUUGUCUCAUCUGGAGAGUGUAGAAGACUUUGAACAUCAAUGGAACAUUUUGGCUGCUCGGUAUGGCCUUGUGUCCGAUAAGCAUAUAGGUUUAUUGUAUUCAUCUCGAGAAUCCUGGUCACUUUCUUACAUUAGAGGCUACUUUCUGGCUCGUACACUGACAGCUGAGUUUUCACUAGCUUUGGAGUCAUUCUUGAAAAGAAUUUUGAAUGCACAGACAUGUCUACAAGUAUUCUUUGAGCAGGUUAGUAUUGCUGCCAACUUUGGGAAUCAGACCAGAGAAGGGAUGCAGUAUAUGAAUGUGAAGACUGGCAUGCCUAUUGAAGAACAUGCACGUAAUAUUCUUACACCUUAUGCUUUCAGCGUCUUACAGCAUGAAAUAGUUCUGUCUGUGCAAUAUGCAACAACAGAAAUGGGAAGUGGAUCAUAUCUUGUGCGACACUACAAGAAAUUGGAUGGAGAGUGUCUUGUCAUUUGGAUACCAGACGAUGAACAAAUUCACUGUUCCUGUAAGGAAUUUGAGCAUUCUGGAAUUUUGUGCAGGCAUUCCCUUCGCGUCCUUGUGGUAAAAAACUACUUUCAACUCCCUGAAAAAUAUUUUCUACUUCGUUGGCGGCUAGAAAGUUCCUUAGAUUCUUUGGCUGAUGAAAAUGCUCAAAUCAGUGCAGACGACUGUGCUGAGUCCUUUAACACUCUCACUGCUAGUCUGUUGACAGAGUCGUUAGUCUCCAAGGAAAGAUUUAAUUAUGUUCAUAGAGAACUUUCGAGUCUUCUUGAGCAUGUUAGGAGUAUGCCAGUAAUUGAAGAGUAUGCUGUGAAUAUGGCAGGUAAUAGCAUCAGCGACAGUUAGGCAUCUUGAUUUAGCAUUUAAUAUAAGUGCUGCACUGGGAGUCUGGAGGAUGAAGUAUGUUGGUGUGGAAGGCAUCAAAUAUUAACCAUUAAAAUUUUUAAGCUCACACUCUGAAUACUUGCAAACAAAGAUACACUGAUACAGGAAUACAAAUUCUUUUGUCUACCCUGGCAAGCCAGCUCAGAUGUUCUGGAAUCUGGAUGGGUGUCAUUUGACAGUGUAUGUUACCUUUGUCUUUUGGGUAAAUGGUUUAUAUACCUUUUUCUUUUGGGUAAAUGAUGUAUCUACUUUUGGGUAUCAGUAAAUGUUGGAAAGAGGGUAGGAAGAAGCUGGUCAUAUUUCAGUCUGUACUCAGUAGUGUAAGUUGUAAUUAACAGUAUCCUCGAUUUAAAAUGUAAAUUGGGACAAUUCUGUUUUUUCUUCUCUGUAUCAGAUCUGACCGUAGUUCAGGGGUUAUUUGUUCAAAUUGUUUGAUGGGAGGAUGCACCAUGAGGAGUUGUAAAUCCUUUAGAACUUGCUAUUCUGGCUUAGUUAUAUGUGAAAGAAGGCUCUGUUGUAAGACUAAUAGAACCAGAAGAUUGAGCUCA